AUGUCUAAUGAUAUUCGAGGUAGUAAAAUAAAUUUAUUUAUUAUAAAUGAUGUUAAUAAUAAUGAUGAUGAUUGUAAAGAUGAGGAUAAGACAGAGUCUACAGAUAAUGUAAACAAAAAAGAUGAAACAGAUAAUGUAAACAAAAAAGAUGAAACAGAUAAUGUAAACAAAAAAGAUGAAACAGAUAAUGUAAAAACAAAAAAUUCUCAAAAUUUUGAUAAUAUUAAUGAAAAGAAAAAGGAAAUAAUAACACACAAAAUAUAUUAUCCUCAAGUUAAAAUAGUAAAAGUGAGUUGUGGAAAAUCUAUAAUUGCAUUUUUGUCACAAAUUGGUAAAAUUUAUUGUUGGCAUCUAGAUAAUACAGAAGAUUGUGAUAAAAAUGUUCCAUAUUUAUUAAUAGAUAAUAUUCUAAAAAAUAAAAUAAUUCAUGAUGUUAGUAGUGGUUCAAAUCAUAUUGCUUUUGUUUCAAAAGAUGGCGAUUUAUUCACAUAUGGAAAUAAUUCACAUGGCCAGUUGGGCAAUAACAUGAUAGAUCAUUGCGAAAAAAAGUGUGAUCAUUGUGAUAAUUGCGAAAAAAAGUGCGAGAUGUGUGAUAAUUGCGAGGGUGGGCAAAAUGAAAACAAGCACAGACCCCUAAAGAAUCAUAAAACAUAUAAAGUAUAUAAAGUAAAUUUAGAAAAUAAUAUAAUAAAAAAUGUAUAUUGUUCUAAUAAAUAUACAUUAUAUUUAACAAUAGAUGGUCUUCUAUAUGGUUUUGGAUAUAUAAAUGAACAUUUUCUUAAAUCUAAAUUAAAUAAAAAUAAAAUAAAUAAAACAUUAUUAAACCCUCAUCUUAUUGAUACAAAUAAUAUAGGUUUUAAAAAAAUAACAAUUGGAAAUGAUUUUAUAUUGGGUAUUAGUUUUAAUAAUAAUAUUUAUUCUUGGGGUAGUAAUAUUAAUGGUUCUUUAGGACAUGGAAAUUUUUUAGAUUAUCACGAACCAACUAAAAUCGAAAAUUUGAAAAAUAUAAAUUUUAUAAAUGCAGGUAAAAUAAGUUUAUGUAAAACAAUAGAUGGUGAUAUAUAUAUAUGGGGUGGUACAUAUGGAAAUAAACCAAAUAUCAUAAAAAAUAGAUUUGAUAGUUUGCAUAUAAAUAACAAUUAUAUUAUCGGAUUAUGCUCACAAAAAAAUAUGUGGAUAAAAAAUAUCAAUACAUCUUCUCAUGGUUAUUAUAUUAAUAAUUUAAAAAUUAAUUUAAUAAGUUCAUAUGACAAUUUAAUUAUUGGAGUAGACAAUUUUUUACACACUGACAACGUCGUAGAUGCAAAAAUGGGUUCAACUUCUAACAAAAGUUCUAACUCAUCACUAGAAACCAACUCUGAGUCUGUUUCAGGAGACGCAAAAGAAGAAAAAGAAGAAAAAGACGAUGCAAAGGAUGUAAAAGACGAUGCGAAAGAUGUAAAAGACGAUGCAAAGGAUGUAACAGACGAUGCUUAUGAUCCUAAACAUUCUAAAGAAAAUGGUGAGGCUCACAAUUUUAAGGAUCAAAAAGAUGAAGACAAAAUAAAAAAUGGCGAAGAAACUAAUCAAAACGAUAUAGCAUCAUCUAACAGUGAUAAUAAUAACAAUAGAGAUGAAAAUAGCAGAGAUGAAAAUAGCAGAGAUGAAAAUAGCAGAGAUGAAAAUAGCAGAGAUGAAAAUAGCAGAGAUGAAAAUAGCAGAGAUGAAAAUAGCAGAGAUGAAAAUAGCAGAGAUGAAAAUAGCAGAGAUGAAAAUAGCAGAGAUGAAAAUAGCAGAGAUGAAAAUAGCAGAGAUGAAAAUAGCAGAGAUGAAAAUAGCAGAGAUGAAAAUAGCAGAGAUGAAGAUAAUAGAGAUGACAAUAAUAGAGAUGAAGAUAACAGAGAUGACGAUAAUAGCAUUAGCAAUAAUUCAAAUAUCUGUUUUAACGAAAAAGCUUAUGAUAAAGCCCCAAAUUCGAUUUCUGUGAAUCCGAUAAUUGAUAGUUCCUUUUCUGCCAAGGGUUUCGAAACGAACGAGUCGAAUAAUGGUGAUUUAAUAAAUUUUUCUUUUUCUGAACAUAAUGAAAGAGAAACAAAAGAAAGCAUUCCACCAAAUUUCAAUUCAAUUCGCAAAAUUCAAAAUGAUUCCAAUUAUAUCGAUAAUAUAAAUAACAAUUAUGAAAUGAAUAACAAUUAUGAAAUGAAUAACAAUUAUGAAAUGAAUAACAAUUAUGAAAUGAAUAACAAUUAUGAAAUGAAUAACAAUUAUGAAAUGAAUAACAAUUAUGAAAUGAAUAACAAUUAUGAUGAUAAAAAAGAAAUACGGAAUAUCCAAGUUAGUAUGGAAAAUGAAAAUUUUGGCAAUGUAGACAAUAUCAUAUAUGAUAGUAGAAACAUUGUUAAUAAUAAUAAUAAUGUCGAAAUAAAUAAUGAUUGUGAUAUGAAUGAAGAAUUAAACAGAUAUUAUGAUGAAGAAGAUGAUUUUUUUUCAACCGAUUUUUAUGGACUUUCAGAAUCCGAUUAUUUAGAUGCAAAAAAUAUUAUUAUUAUUAAUAAUAAUGAUAAAAAUAAACUGAAUUUAAAAUCAGCUUUAAAAAAAACAACAAGUACAUCUAAUGUAAAAAAAACAGUAUCAUUUUCGAAAUAUACAUAUGAUUUAGAAAGAAAUAAUUAUGAACCAAUUAACAUUAAUGUAGAUUAUGAUGAAAAUAAUGUCGAAUCUGAUAAUGAUGAAAAUGAUGUCGAAUCUGAUAAUGAUGAAAAUAAUAUCGAAUCUGAUAAUGAUGAAAAUAGUGAAUAUAGUGAUAAUUCAUAUCAAGAAGAUAAAAAUGAUCAAUUAAACGAAUCGAAUAUUAUGGAUUUUGAAACAAAUAAUAUUAACAAUACAUGUCGAGAAUAUUUUAAUUUUCCAAAUAAUCAGGUUUAUAAUAAAAUAGAAAACGAACAACCAAAUAAAAUAGAUGUAUAUGAUGUUAAUAAAAAUAAUGAAAAUAAUUUUAAAAAUUAUUAUAAAGAACAAUUAGACGAAUCUACAAUUUAUAAUACUGAUUCAAUUCUGAACAAUUCAACAAAUAUAGAUAUCACUUUUUUAAAUAAUAAUAAUAACAAUGUAAAUAUAAAUAAACAUGAUACAAUAUAUAAUCAAGAAAAAAACCUAAAUAAUAUUCAUUUAAUUAAAAAUGAAAAUAUAAAAAUGGAAAUACAUCAUGAAAAAUAUUGUCAAAAUAAUGAACUAGAUAUGAAUAAUACUGGCUUAUCUAUAAAAGAUGCUAAUAUAGAAACAUUUGAAGAUACAAAAUUAUCAUCACCAUAUUUUAGAGAUCACGAAAUAAAAAUGAACAAUUCACAACCCAACAUGAAUCUAAGUUAUAACGACAUAUAUGAAAAUAAAACAAAUAAUAAAAAUUGCAUAAAUAAUAAUAUUACAGAUAUAGAUACAUUAAAUAAAUAUAAAGAUUAUAAUAUAAAUGUUUGUACUAAUCAAAAUACAGAAAAUGCUAAAUUAAAUACCAUUUGCACAAAUAAUGAAGAAGAAGAAGAAGAAGACGAUAUUUACAUAUUUAAUAUUAACAACUUUCUAUAUAGUGGUAACACAAAUUUUGAUAUGCUUAAAGAAUUUAUAAAAAAAAUUAGGAAAAAAGCAAAAUAUAAUAAAAAAAUGCUUAAUUAUGAAAAAAAAAGAAAAAAUGGAAAAUAUAGAUUACACAUUUUAUUAUCAAAUGAUAUAAUAUUUAGUAUUAAAAAAAAAAUAAAAAUUCGAUACAAUAUAAGUAAAAAAAAUAUUAAAAAAAUAUAUUUAAUAAAAUCUAUGAAAAAUUAUUAUCAAAAUAUGAUUUUAAAAAAUCAAAAAAUUGAAAUUGAAAAUGAAAUAAAAAAUUUUCCUAUGUUAAGAACAAAUAAUAAAAAAAGAAUAAACACUAUUGAUAUGUCUAAUUAUAACAAACAUGAUCAUUUAACAAAUUUAAAUACCACCAUUUUGCAAAAUGAACAAUCAAAUCUCAUAAAAAAUAAACCAAGUACAAUUAUUAAUAAUAAUGUUUUUUGUAAAAUUGUAACAAAUAAUAAAAAUAAAACUUCAGAGGUUGCCACAAAAAAUGCAAAAAAUGAAAAAAAUGCAAAUAAGUUAUUAACAAAUCAGAACAUUUUGGAAAAUCCAAAUAAAUUAUUAACAAAUCAGAACAUUUUGGGAAAUCCAAAUAAAUUAUUAACAAAUCAGAACAUUUUGGGAAAUUCAAAUAAAUUAUUAACAAGUCAGAACAGUUUGGAAAAUCCAAAUAAAUUAUUAACAAGUCAGAACAAUUUGGGAAACGGAAAAAAAAGUCAUGUAUUAAUUAACACCAAAAAUAAAGCGCUUUCUUCUGGAAAUAAUUUUAUUCAAAAAAAAAAAAUAUCAAAUUUAAAGAGUGAGCAAUUAUUUGUAUCAUCUAUAGGAGUUACCAACUUUUGUAAUAAGCAAGUAGAACCCGAAAUUGUUAAUAUUAAUAAUGAUGAUAUAAAUAGUAGAGGACAUAUUAUGAAUAAUCAAAAAAUAAUUAACAUAAAAGAAGGAGAAGAUUAUAAAGAAAAUGAUAAAGAUAUAGAAAUUUCUAACAAUUUUUCUAUUUCUACUCAAAAUGGUAUAUCUAUGUUAGAGCCAACUAAUAAUUAUAAUUAUAAUUAUAUGCAUUUAUCUACUUAUAAAAAGGGAAAUAAAAAAGAUUGUCAAGUUUCACAAUUAAGUAAAGCUACCCAUAUUAUUUAUAAUACCGAAAAUGGAAAUUUAAUUCAAAAAUCACAAAUAAAAAGUCCACAAAAUGGAAAAAAAUGUAUUUCUAAAACUAGUGGCAAAUUUGGAAAAAUAAUAUUUAAUAUGAAUUCUGAAAAAGCAAUAUCUAACAAUAUAAAUGAAGAUGAACAAAAUUCAAAUGAUGAUAGUUUAGGAAAUAAUGUUAUUGUGAAAGAUGUUGUUUGUGUAAAUGAUGAGAUUGUAGAAAAUACUUAUUCAACUAAUAUAAAUGGAAAAAUGUUAAAAAAAAAAAUAAUUAAAAAAGGAUCAACCGGGUUAUAUAAUAUGAAUAUAAAAAAAACAGAAACAGGUGUUUCUAAUUUUAUAAAUAAAAAUAAAGAAACAUUUGAUUUAAAUAAUAUUGUUCAAAAUAAACCAUCUAUUGUUACUAAAAUAGAUAAUAAAAAAAUAAAUAAAAAAAAAAAAGAUGAACAAGAUUUAAUUAUUUAUAAUAACCCAAUAAAUAAUGAAUUAACAAAUGUUAAGAGUAAAAAUAAAAUGUCUACAAAAAAUGAAAUAUCUCAAGAUAGUAUUGUUUUAUUAAGUAAAAAAAAAAAAGGAAUAAAUAGUAUACUUUUAAAUAAAAACAAAAAGAUAAAACCACAAAAAAUGUGCAUAACAGAUGCAGACAAUUAUAAUUAUAGUGAAGAAGAGAAAGAUCGCUCAAAAUCUGUUUCUUUAUUAUUAUUAAAAGGGAAUGAAACUAAAAAAAGGAUUGUUAAUGAAACUAAAAAAAAGAUUGCUAAUGAAACUAAAACGAAGAGUGCUAAUGAAAAUGAAACGAAAAAUUUAAAAAAUUUAAAAAAUUUAAAAAGUUUAAAAAAUUUAAAAAAAGAAAUAAAAUAUAUGAAAAAAUAUAUUUCAGAAGAAAAUAGCAAACAAAAUAAGACACAAAACAUAGAAGAAGUUUUAGAUGAAAAAAAAAAAAAAAAAAAAAAAAAUAUAAUAAACAAAAUUGGUAAUAAUAUAAAUGAUGAAGAAGAGGAAGAGGAAGAAGAGGAAGAGGAAGAAGAGGAAGAGGAAGAAGAGGAAUAUUAUAUUAAUUGUGACAAUUAUUAUAAAAAUAUAAAAAACAAAUUAGAAACAAAUUUAAAUAAAAAAAAUAUAUAUAUAAAAUAUGCCAAACGUAUGUUAAAAGAUAUAAAAUAUAUUAUGAUAGAAUAUAAUAAUAUAAAAAAUGAAAAAGAAGAAAUGUGUAAACAAAACAAUUAUCUCAGAUUUUUAUUAGAAAGCACUGUUGUAAAAACUAACGAAAUUAUUAGAAUAAAUAAAAAUUCAAUUCAAACAUAUAUAGAAAAAAUACAAAAUGAAAAUAAAAUUUUGAAAAAUGAACUUGAUGAAGAAUCACAUCAACAUCAUUAUGAUUUACAACAAUUAGUAAAUAAAAUAUUAAGUAUUGAAAAAAUUAAAGAAAACGUAAUAAAACAAAAUGGAGAAUAUAAUAAUAAAUUAUCUUUAUUAUCAAAACAAUGUGAACAAUAUAAAUUAAAAGAAAAAAAAUUACUAAAAAAUUUAGAUAAGUGUAAAUUAAAUUUAGAAAAAGAAAAAAAAAAAAAAAAAAAAAAAAUUAAUGAUUUAAAAAAUUCUAUAAAAAUAUUCGAAAAUAAUUAUAAUCAAUUACAAGAAAAUUACAAUUCUAUAAAAAAUUAUAAUCAUGAAUUAUUAACAAAAAAUGAUCAACUAAAAGAUGAAACUAUAGAUUUAAAAACACAACUUAAAGAAAAGGAUAUUAUAAUUUCUCAAUAUAGUGAACAAAUCAAUACUUCAAACAUAAAUAAUAUUAUGUAUUCUAGACAUAAACAAAAAAAUACAUCUAUCUUAGAUGUUAUAAAACAUAAUCCUGAUGAUGUCUUACAUUCUUCAAAAGAGUUAUCCAUAAAUGACCAUUUAGAACUUGAUUCAAAGACAGAUGCAAACAUCGAAUUUGAAAAAAGAGAAUCUCUGAACAUGUUUAACACGCUAUAUGAGGAUAGAAAAGUAAAACAAAACGAUACUCACAAAGAAGUAAAGCCAAGCGACGCUCACAAAGAAGUGAAAUUUUUAGCAAACCCGUCACUAGACAAUUUAAUUAAAACAACUUUAAAAAAUAUGGAUUCUAACAAAGAUAAAGAAAUGGACAAAUUACAGGAAAAACUAAUUGAUAUUUUAAAUGAAUUUGCAAAAAAUAAUAAAAAGGAAACAGAUUAUAAUAUUAAUAAAGAUGAAAAAGAUAAAUUUAUGUUUUUAGACAUUACAGAUAGUUGUACUGAAGAAUAUAAAAAAAUCAUAAAAAAUGAUGAUACAGAAAAAGUUAUAUCAUCACUUGAAAGUAUAAAAGAAAACGAUUCAAAUUUAAACAAAAAUAUUAACAAAUUAAAUGAACAUAUAAAUGAUAAAAAAAAAAAAAAAAAAAAAAAAAUUCUUAAUUCAAAAACAGAUAAAAUUGAACAAGAAAUACAAAAAGAUAAGAAAAAAAAAGAAAGUAAUGAUACGUCUCAAUUUUUUAGCACAGUAAAUGAAGUAGUAUAUAAUUCCAAAAAAGAUGUUAUUCACAAUAAUCAAGAAAAUAUAUGUGAUAAAGAAAGUGUAGAAAUUUCAGAAUUAAGCGAUGAAAAUAAUUAUAAUUUAAACGAAAAAAAAAACGAAGAUUUAUGUGGGAUGAUAGAAAAUUUGUUAAAUAAAAAAAGAGAGAAAAAAAAAAAAAAAAUAACAACUGAAAAGUCCGAACCCCCAAUUCGAAACUUAAAAAAGGCGGAUGACAAAAUGGAGGGCUUAAAAAAGGCGGGUGACAAAAUGGAGAACUUAAAAAAAGCGGAUGACAAAAUGGAGAACUUAAAAAAGGCGGGUGACCAAAUGGCGGGUUUUAAAAAAGCAAGUGACCAAAUGGAGGGUUUUAAAAAAGCAAGUGACCAAAUGGCGGGUUUUAAAAAAGCAAGUGAAAAAAUGGAGGGCUUAAAAAUUCAAUCGAUUGAAACAAUAAAUGAAAACAUUUCCGAAUUGAGUGAUGAUAAUUUAGAUAAUGAAAAAAAAAAAAAAAAAAAUUUGAAAAAAGAAACAAGAUUAAAAGGAAUCGAAAAUAAUAAAAAAAAUUCAAUAACAAGUAAUGAUUUAUCAAAUAAAAUUAAUAAUGAUACUAUAAAUAAAGACAUAAAAAUUUCAACAUAUUUAAAUAAAAACCAAAAUGAAACAAAUAAAAAUCUAAAAAAAACAAAUAAAUUAAUAAAUAAAAUAAUUGAUAAUGUUUUAGACAAAUCAAUGGAUAAUAAAUCGGUAAAUAAAAAUAUGUUAAAUAUUCAAAAUAUGAUUGAGAAUAAUAUUAAACAUAUUUUUUCAUCAUAA